CCUCCUCAGGGGGACCUACUACCGUCCACUACCAGGCUAGAGUCACUGUGUGUGGCCCCGGAUGUUUCCAGCCCUCCAGCUGUCCCCUCAUCCCCAUGCUUGGUAACAGGAUCCUCUCCACUCUCAGAAGCAGAAAAAGCAGACCCUGCAACAGCCCAUGCCCCACAACUUGAAGACGGGGAGAAACUUUUGCAGCUGACUCCAGAGAUCCCGGCGCAUACUGAUGUGGGAAUACCAACGCCUGGAGGUGAUAGCACAGAAACAUCCGAAAAUUUAAGCCCAGACACUAGUCUUGCAGCAGCACUUGGUGCAACUGACACAGAGGCCGCAGAAACAAGUGCAGACUCUAACGCUGAGACAACACCACCCAGUAACAUUGAAAAGGUGGAGAUCGGAGGAGACGCUAAUAUCGUUAAUGCCGAAAACAGUAGCGUAGUGGGCCCAGAGCAGGAUCCGGAUAUCCCUAAGGAGAUGAGUGAAAGGGACGCCCGACGUCUGAAAUGCUUGAGGACUUUUCAGCAGAUCCUCAGAGAGAAACGGGAAACUCGACGCAAUCUUUCGCUGAUAACAAUGUCCACCUUCUCUGAUGAAGAUUUCAACCAAGAAACCAGCCAAGAAGACGAUCAGAGCCAAGAAAAUGGAGACCCCAAACAGGCAUGGACCAAGGCUGGGGGAGGUGGUAUGUUUGGCAUUGACAGUAUGCCUGAUUUACGCAAGAGGAAACACAUUCCGCUCGUCAGUGAAGUGGCGAUGUCCCUGGUCCAGGCGAGGAAGGGUGGACUCUCCCGUUCCCUCACGGCCCGAUCCUCAUUCAGAGACGAAGAGCUGAAGUCUCACGUGUAUAAGAAGACGCUUCAGGCGUUGAUCUACCCCAUCUCCUGCACCACUCCGCACAACUUCGAGGUGUGGACCGCCACCACUCCCACCUACUGCUACGAGUGCGAGGGUCUGUUGUGGGGCAUCGCCCGCCAGGGGCUACGCUGCGCCGAGUGCGGCGUCAAGUGCCACGAGAAGUGCCAGGAGCUGCUCAACGCUGACUGCCUGCAGAGGGCGGCGGAGAAGAGCUCCAAGACGGGGGCGGAGGACCGCACGCAGCACAUCAUCACGGCCAUGAAGGACCGCAUGAAGAUCCGCGAGCGCAACAAGCCCGAGAUCUUCGAGGCCAUCCGCGCCAUCUUCGGCAUCACCAAGAUGCUCCACGGGCAGCACAUGAAGACCAUCAAGCAGGCCGUGCUGGAGGGCACCUCCAAUUGGUCCGCCAAGAUCACCAUCACAGUGGUGAGUGCUCAGGGAUUGCAGGCGAAAGACAGAACUGGCACCAGUGAUCCAUAUGUCACCGUGCAGGUGGGCAAGACCAAGAAGAGGACCAAGACAAUCUACAGCAACCUCAACCCUGUCUGGGAGGAGAAGUAUAACUUUGAGUGCCACAACUCAUCGGACCGCAUCAAGGUGCGUGUGUGGGAUGAGGACAACGACAUUAAGUCUCGCGUGAAGCAGCGUCUGAAGAAGGAGAGCGAUGACUUCCUGGGCCAGAGCAUCAUAGAGGUGCGCACGCUCAGCGGAGAGAUGGACGUCUGGUACAACCUCGAGAAGAGAACGGACAAGUCAGCAGUGUCCGGGGCCAUCAGACUCCAGAUCAGCGUGGAGAUCAAAGGAGAGGAGAAGGUGGCACCCUACCACGUGCAGUACACCUGUUUACACGAGAACAUCUUCCACUUCCUGACUGACGUGGAGAAUGGUGGGGUUCCGAAGAUUCCGGUUGCCAAGGGUGACGAGGCCUGGAAGGUUUACUUUGACGAGGUGGAGCAGGACAUUGUGGAUGAGUUUGCCAUCCGCUAUGGAAUCGAGUCCAUCUACCAGGCCAUGACCCAUUUUGCAUGCAUGUCCUCCAAGUACAUGUUGCCAGGCAUCCCGGCGGUGAUGAGCACUCUGCUGGCCAACAUCAACGCCUACUUCGCCCACCCCUCCUCAGCCUCCACCGUAUCUGCCGUCGAUCGUUUCGCCGCAUCCAACUUUGGGAGAGAGCGCUUUGUGAAGCUCCUGGACCAACUGCACAACUCGCUUCGCAUCGACCUGUCCACAUACCGGAAUAACUUCCCAGCGAGCAGUAAGCCCCGUCUGUCAGACCUCAAGUCCACCGUGGACCUCCUGACCAGCAUCACCUUCUUCAGGAUGAAGGUGCUGGAGCUGCAGAACCCUCCUCGUGCAGCCCACGUGGUGCGAGACUGUGUGAAGGCCUGCUUGAACUCCACCUACGAGUACAUCUUCAACAACUGCAUAGAGCUCUACAACCGCCAGUUCCAGCCUGCAGAACCCAAGAAGGAGGAGAAGAAGAAGGGCGAAGGAGAGGACGAGGAGGACUCUUCCGACGAGGAGGAGAGGAAGAAAGAGGAGGAAGAGAAGAAGAAAGAGGAGGAGAGCGCUCCGCCAGAGGAGCCGGGCCCCAGCAUCCAGAACCUGGACUUCUGGCCCAAGCUCAUCACCCUCAUCGUGUCCAUCAUCGAGGAGGACAAGACACAAUACACACCCAUCAUCAACCAGUUCUCUCAGGAGAUGAGUGUGGGGAAGGUCAGUGCGGAGGUCAUGUGGAUCCUGUUCGCCCAGGACAUGAAGUAUGCCCUUGAAGAGCAUGAGAACCAUAAGCUGUGCAAGAGUGCGGACUACAUGAACCUGCACUUCAAAGUCAAAUGGCUCUACAAUGAGUAUGUGAAGGACCUGCCUGCCUUCCAAGACAAGGUCCCAGAGUACCCCGCGUGGUUUCUGCAGUUUGUGCUGCAGUGGUUAGCCGAGAACGAGGACGUGUCCAUGGAGUUCAUGCACGGAGCGCUGGAGCGGGACAAGAGGGAGGGGUUCCAGGCCACGUCUGAGCAUGCUCUGUUCUCCAGUUCGGUGGUGGACAUCUUCACCCAACUCAACCAGAGCUUCGAGAUCAUCAAGAAGCUGGACUGCCCCGACCCCGUCGUCAUGGGACACUACAACAGACGCUUCGCCAAGACCAUCACUAAGGUGCUGAUGCAGUACUGUGCCAUCGUGGCAAAGAGUUUCCCCUCCUUCUGUGACAAGGAGAAGAUUCCGUGCGUGCUGAUGAACAAUGUGCAGCAGAUGCGGGUGCUCCUGGAGAAGAUGUUUGAGUGCAUGGGAGCCAAGCAGCUGGAUCCCGAAGCCGGGGAGAUGCUGAAUGAUCUGCAGGUGAAGCUCAACACGGUACUGGACAACCUGAGUGCCAUGUUUGGGAGGAGCUUCCAGCCCAAGAUCAAUGUGUGCAUGCGUCAGGUGGGGGAGUUGCUGUAUCAGAUCAAAGGGCCGCUGAACGCCAACGCUCGCAACUCCGCCGAGGCAGACGCUGACAACGUGCUCCGCCCACUCAUGGAGUUCCUGGACGCCACUCUGAGCAUGUUUGCGGACAUGUGUGAGAAGACGGUGCUGAAGAGAGUGCUGAAGGACUUGUGGAGGAUCACCCUCAUUGGCAUGGAGAAGACCAUCGUACUGCCUCAGAGCAACGAAAGCCUGGGUGCCCAGCUUCUCACCGCUGCCACCAAGCUCUCCAAUCUGAAGGGAGGUGGGGAGGCUAAAAGCCUGUCGCCACGGCAGUGUGCAAUUAUGGAGGUGGCUCUGGACACCAUUAAGGCGUUCUUCCAUGCUGGAGGUAACGGGUUAAAGAAGGCCUACCUGGAGAAGAGCACAGAGCUUUCCUCCCUGCGAUACGCCCUGUCACUCUACACACAGAGCACAGACUCCCUCAUCAAGACCUUUGUCACCACUCAACACGCUCAGAUCCAUAAUGGGAUGGGCAUUAGGAUCGUGCCCAAUGAGAAGGUCCGGCCAGACAGACCGGCUGGAGUGGAGCGUUCGGUGGGAGAGGCGAUCAUCCAAGUGGAUAUGGCGCCACCUGCUGCAGAGCAGAAACUGAACGUCAAGGUCAUAGCCAUCAAUGACAUGAAGUGGCAGACAUCCGGCAUGUUCCGUCCCUUCGUGGAGGUGAACCUGGUGGGUCCGCUGCUCGCCGAGAAGAAACGCAAAUUCCAGACCAAGUCCAAGAACAACAGCUGGUCGGCCAAGUUCAACGAGACAUUCCCCUUUGUGCUGGGCAAGGGCCUGAAGGCCGACCUGUACGAGAUCCAGAUCACAGUGAAGGACUACUGUUUCGGCCGUGCGGACCGCACAGUGGGCAUCGCGGUGCUGCAGCUGCGUGACGUGGCCGAACGCCGCAGCUCCGUCAGCUGGUGCCCCAUGGGGCCGCGCAUCGGCAUGGACGAGACCGGCGUCACCGCACUGCGCAUCCUCUCGCAGAGGCCCAACGACGAAGUCGCCAAGGAGUUCGUUAAGCUCAAGUCCGAGGUGCGGCCCGCCGAGGAGGGCAGAUGAGCAGCCGUGACCAUGACCUUGUGACCUUGAGCACGACCUUGUGACAUCACAUUACACUGAUCACUUUUAUCCAAGGAGUUUGUCAAGCUCAAGUCUGAGGUGUG